GCUCAACGUCCCCUCCCCCUCCCCGCCACCCACGCGCGCGAGCAUGAGAGAGCGCGCAGCAACGGCGGCGGCAGCGUCCGGAGAUCCCGGGAAAGGGUCAGUGCCAGCGCUCGGCCGGUGCCCGUCUCCCUGCCCCCGCUAAUCCCACCCCCUACCCCUCCCCCAUGGCUUCCAUCGAGCAGAGCUGGUUCCCCACUCACCUCCGGGUGACGGUGAUCGGGGCCCGGGGCCUACGGGCCAAGCGCAGGGACGGCCUCCUCAGCUGUUACGCGGUGAUCCGCCUGGGCCGGGACAAGUACGUGACCUCGGUGCAGAGCGGCAACCUGAGCCCCGAGUGGAACGAGGAGUGCACCCUGCAGCUGCCGGCGGUGCUGGAUAACUCGGACAGGUGGACGCUGCACCUGACGGUCAAGCACAACCACAGCCGCCUUCCCGUCGACGGCUUCCUGGGUCACGUGGCGCUGCCCAUCGCCCAGCUGUACGAGGACAAGAGCAGGAGGAAGAGCGAGUGGUAUGAUUUGCAGUCAAAACCAAACAAAGUGGCAAAGAACAGAGGUCAGCUGCAACUUGCAUUUGAGUUCCUACGUAACAACAUGACAGCAGGUUCAUAUGAGCUAUUGAAGAGAAGACCUCAGUCUGUGUUUGAUAAGUUUAAGGACAAAGUAACUUCCUUAAAGUAUGGAAUGACUCAUGAGAUUUUACCAUCCGAAAAGCCUAGCACUAGCCUGAAGCAUCACAAAAAUGGAAAAAUGUCAAAAUCACUCAGUCACGUGCAAAUGGACUUCAGGGCUGAAAUAUUUACUGCACCAGAGAUAGACAAGCAAACUGGAUCUGACGGUCUCUCUCACUUUUUCCACAUACACUCUGGGGAUGAACAACCUAAGAUGCAUUUAAACAAGGCAGAUGUCCAUACAGAAUAUGCAGGUCACAACCAGUCAGACAAAAUGGCAACUUUGAAGUUGGAGAAAGCAACUGCACUAAAGCUACAUCCCAACAAUGUUGAACACACCGUUUUACCCAAAUGUACUGCUGAAGCUGAUAGAUCCUAUGUCUCAGCUACUUAUAAGUCUCCAUUGGAAACUGCAAAGCCCCACCACUCUGAAGAUAACCCAAGAUUAGCAUCUUUUGUAAUCGCUGGUGAAGGUCGAGAUGUUUCAUUUGCGGGAUGGAAAGUAAAGCCUACAACUUGUUGCACUCAUUGUUUUCGUCAGGCUAAUUCAAAAAGCAGGUGACUGCUUCAACAUGUCCACAUGCGCUCUAAUGGCAUGCUGUUCACGUCACCU